CACAAAUGUAGAACUUUUCUCUCUCGAUUUUUCCCAACACCAAUAUUCUCUCGUUGUUCUCAUACUAGGGCUGGACUCGGGCCGGGUGGCCCGACCCGGAACCGACCCGGCCCGCCCACUGUAGCAAUCGGCCCGGCCCGGUAGCCCGGUCCACCAGCGGUUCGGGUCGAACCGGCCCGGUGGAUACCGGUUCCGGGCCCGGGCCCUCCAUUUGGUGGUUACCGGGUUCGGGCCCGGCCCGGCCCGGAAUUAAUUUUAUUUUAUUUUUUUUUUUUUAGAAAAUUUUUUAAGUUUUGGGUGGGAUUAGGUAUUUUGGGCCAUUUGAGGUGAUUUAGGGUGGUUUGGGGUUGAGGGGGAGGGUUAGGGGUUAAAUAAAAGAAGCCAAAAAAAAAAUAUUAAAUACCCGGGUGAACCGGUCCGGCCCGGAACCGGACCCGGAACCGCCCACCCCCGGUUCGGGAUCGGGCCUCAUAUUUCUGAACCGAGGCCCGGCCGGGCCCAGGCCCGAACCGGCCCGGUUCAGUCCAGCCCUAUCUCAUACAAAUACAAGUAGUUCUCUUUCCCAAUUCUUCUCCUACAUCCUUCUCUGUAAUAAACCAAAAAGCAUGGUUAUCAAAUGGGUUUAUAGUCGCAUUUAGAUUUUGGCACGGCUGUGUGCAUAUUGAACACGAAUACACGAUACUUCUAAAUUCUAAGAGCAUCCACAAUGCUCUAAUGUCUAGUCUACUUAUAAAGUGCCAAAUGUCAAAUAAUUAAAUGGUCUGGCCGAAACAAGUCUCUAAUGCAUUCAAUCUUCCGGCCUAUCACAGCUGCCAUGUGGAAAAUAUUAUAUUAAAAUAAAUAAUAUUUGACCCCUCUUCUUGUUUGAUUUUCUCAAGGUCUUUUAGCCCAUUAGCUCAGGUUUUCUCUUUACACACACAAAACAGUUCAAGUAUGGAAUAAUUAAAAUCAAAUCAUAGGCCAGAAGGGAAAUUCAACGUGCUUUAGUGAUUAGCUAGAAGAGAAAUUAAACCAAAAUAUGAAACGGAGCAACCUAAUGAAUUGAUAGGCAUGUGUAAACUGUAAAGUACAAAUUUAUUGUUCCACGAGUACUAGAUAUUCAGGAAGGAAAUAGCAAUAUGACAAUAUCAUACGAAAUCGGGAACGAUAGAUUACAGGGGAUUAAAGCUAUUUUAUCAUAAAUUUAAAUCUGAAAAAAUCGCAUACACACACAAGUAGUAGUCUAGUAGAUAUGGAGAUCGAGAACAAAAACUGAGAACUUGUGGGGAUCGGAGAAAAGUAAUUUCCCCCCGAUUUGUUAAAGUAAUUUUUCGUUUCCCUAUAUUUUUUUCCGAUGAAAGGCACCGAUUUUUCUGACUCAGCAAGUCUAAGAGCCUUUCUAUACUCAAACAUCUACCCUCCACACUGUUUAGUUUCUUUUUAGCCAUGUCAGCAGAGACUACUACCACUGGAGAUGAAAAUAACAAGUCCAAGUAAAUGAUGUGGCGUGAUUUUCCUAGACUAGACUAGCAUCCAUUGCGGAUGCUCUAAUGCAUUCGAAUUGCUACACUGUAAAUUAGACUGUAGUUCCAAGGUUGUUUUAAAUUGUAAGAUGUAAUUGUUGAGGAGGGCAUAAUAUAUUUAUUUAUGAAGGAUAACGAUAGGAGCGGGGCAAGAGAAGGGCCGGCCGCACUUUUGUUUUUCUUCAAGGAAUUUCAUCAAUCUAAAGAAGUGUUCACUAUCAAAAAACGAGCUCCAUGAAAUAAUGUACUUUUACACCGUUUCCACUACUCUUAAAAUGUAAUUUUCUUUAAUUUCUUGGUAAUAGAUAAUAAUGUAGGGAUACUCUUGUAAUUACUUACUCUUGGAUUAUUAUAUAUACAUGUAUACGGCUACCCUAAGGGUAAGCCAUUCCCUCUAAUUAUUCAUAUGGUAUCAGACUGUUGAGGAUACGAUCCUAACCCUAAACGCCCUCAGCCAUGACUUCCGCCAUGCCUACGACUGCAUCCUCGCUUCAUUCUCAGGCCUCUUUCAUCGUCGAUGAUACCCAGCCGGACGUUACCACUGCGGCUUCCAUUCAUUCAUCUCAGGCGCCCACAUCCUCUUCGUUGGAGCAGCCCCUUGUCAGUCGCCCGCAACACUUCAUGCAGGAGCAGACAAUUCUUCCAUCGUCGGCCAUCUUUAGUGGUACCAGCCCUCACGUAUCAAGCUAUUCACCUUUUUCGAUGCCAGAACCUUUUACUUGGCAACCGACUCUCCAUCCUUUUUCUGCAGCCACUUCCGCUGCAGUCCAGAAUACUGCCUCGUCUUUGCCUUUCAAUCCUAUCGUUGGUGGACAGUUUGACGUCGGCUCAUCCUCCAGGCAGCAACAUCACUCACCGUCUGGGUUUGGUAAUUCAACAUCUUUUCUUACUACUAUGGCAUCUCAGUUGACAUUCUCCACCCCUAAUGUCACGAAUAUAGUUACCACUCGUUUAGCUUCGGUUGAGGAUUAUUUACCUUGGAAAACACAGUUCGAAUCUUUUUUGGUUUCCCAUAAUUUGGUGGGGGUGUUAGAUGGUACCAUUCCCAUUCCUUCUCCGUUUGUUUUGGAUGCUUCUCGUAGGGAGAUCAUGAACACGGACUAUCAACUUUGGUUGAAAAUAGACCAAACUGUCCGUUCAUGGCUUUUCGCCACACUUUCUCGGGAUAUUUUGAUUGAUGUGCAUGAACUUAAAUUUUCUUAUCAAAUAUGGGAUCGUCUUAAAAACAAGUUUAUGUCUGCAAGUACUGCCCGGUCUAUGGAAAUCAAACGUCAACUUUCCACGAAGAAGAAAAAGGCAAAUCAAACCAUGGACCAAUAUCUUCGCGAAAUCAAGGUUGCCGCGGAUUCCUUAGCACUCAUUAAUUCUCCGGUUAGUGACAAGGAUCUUAUCGAGUAUACUCUUCUUGGUCUUGGUCCGGAAUUUGAGUCAAUAUUAGGUGGCUUGGCAUAUAUCCCUCCCACAUUCACUUUUGACCAGUUGGGGCCCAUUUUAGAACUCCAGGAACACCGGCUCCAGUAUAUGAGAGGGACGGAUGCACCUUUAUCACAGCACCAGGCUUUUGUAGUUGCUGGGCAGACCUCUUCCAGCUCACAAGUUCGUCCCCAGAAUCCAUAUCAGGGCCGAGGAGGAGCCCAGCCUAGGGGAGGCCGUGGUGGUCGCGGCCAACGCUCACAGCGGGGUCACCGGGGUCGUGGCAGAGGGUAUGGUUACCCCGGUGCCCCUGGACAGCAGCCCUAUCCACGUGGCUAUGAUUAUCAGUACGCGGGACAUCAUGCAUUUCACACUCCGGGAGCACCCGGUGCAGGAUUCCCAUCAGUUGAUCAUACUUAUGCAUCCCCCCCGCCCCCCGUAGUCUGUCAAUUAUGUUUCACACCGGGUCACUCUGCCAUCACCUGUUCCAAGUUCACAUCUGGAUCUUCUCCGGCCCUAGCUGCUUUACUAACUGGUGAGACCACUGAAGCGACAUGGUAUCCAGAUUCUGGUGCCUCAGCUCAUAUGACGCCAAGCGAAGGUAUUUUACAAAAUAAAUCCAUUAUUACUAACCCCACUAAUGUGCAGGUAGCUAAUGAUACUAAUUUAUCUGUGUCAACGAUUGGCAAUGUGCAUUUACCUUCUCUUGGUCGCCCACUUUGUCUAAAAUCAGUUUAUCAUGUUCCUCAACUUAAAUUUAAUUUAAUGUCUAUUCAAAAGUUGUGUGAGGAUAAUGAUUGUACUGCAAUUUUUAAUAAAUCUUCUUUUUUUGUCAAGGACAAUCAAACGGGGGCAACUCUACUCCACGCUUCCAAUAAGAAUAGGACCUAUCCCUUCACAGUCUCUUCAUCACCGUUAGCUCUCUUUACUUCUUCUGCACCUGGUUCAGUAUGGCACAAGCGCUUAGGUCAUUGUGGUGAUAGCAUAUUGUCUACUCUUCGGCGCACACAUUCUCUUUUUUCAUCUACUAAUAUUCGUCAUUUAUGUACUUCUUGUAGACUGGGCAAAUCCCAUCGUUUACCUUUUCAAGAUGUUUUCCAUAUUGCUAAUGCUCCAUUACAAUUAAUUCACUCUGAUGUUUGGCA